CUCGACAACAAGCGAGGCGCUGCUGAAAAUGAGCCGGCUUCUCUGCAAUCCUCCUCGCGUGCAAUCCGCCGUAAACUGACCGGAACACAAGGGGAAUAGCGAUUCGUUCAUUUAUUUAUGACCACUCUCAGGUACAGGAUUCCCAGGUGCUGUCAAUGAUUUCAGCAAAGCCUCCUGGUUUAGAAGGAUGUCGGGCAUAAUGGCAGUGCACCUCGGCAUCAUUUCUCUUACCCUGUGGGGUCUCCUUCAGCACACUACCUGGGCUUGCAGUGUUUCCUGCAGUACAGACUACAUUUCCUCCUUGAAUUGCACCUGUGCGGACCAGGUGCCUGCCUACCCCUACGCCUUUGUGGCAACGUGUUGGGAGGAAGAUGAUCAUGUGAAUUCGAGCUGUGAAAUUGUAGCCCCAAAACAGUGGUGCAUUUUAGAGCUGGACAGCAGGGAGGUGAUCAGCGCAGAUACUCAGUGUACCAUAAGAGGAAUGAGUGCGGAGGACAAGUGGACAACGGAAGAGAAUAACACGGUACACAUCAUUCUGCAGAAACACAUAAAACCACAGCCACCGUUCAACCUCACACUUACAGAGAAUGAGAAUAAUUUCACCGUCUCCUGGGAAAUGGCCUACACCCCGGUGCUGAAUUACUAUCUGAACAAUUUUCUGAUAUACCGGGUGAGGAUAAGGGCAAAGGAUGAUUCAGAGAAGGAUCCAGGAAAACAAUUUACUAUACGUGAGGACAGGAGGUACCUGGAGGUUUUGCACAGCUCUUUAGAGCAUGGGAAGACAUAUGUGGUGGACGUCCAAGCCAGACCAAGCGUUCAUUUUUCGACGAGCGGGUACUGGAGCGAAUGGAGUCCAGCCGUCGAAGUGCACAUCAAGUAUUUGGGUGAUGAAGCGCCCAAUUGGAAUGAUCAGCAAGGUGAACAGAACUACUGGUCGUACAUCUCCCUGGUGCUGGGCCUGGUGACAUGUACUGUGGUCUUCUGCUGUGGAAGAAAAAUCUGGCUACACAAGGCCCAUCUGUGCAGCUACAUCCCAAGCCCCGAAGGCUACUUCAAGCCCCUGUACUGUAUGCACGGCGGGGAUUUCACGAAAUGGGUGGGCCCGGCGUUUGUUUUUGGUGAGUUCGACUUCCUGGAGAAGAACAUGGUUCUCCCCGUGGUGAACGUGAAGCAGUCGAACCUCAUACCAAAGUGCGAGACGGAGAGCUGGGAGAACGGAGCCGCCUGCAGCAAAGGAGACAAGAGCCUGGACAGCAGCUUCCUGGGCAUGCUGUCCCCCCAGGGCCAGAGCUUUCUGGACAGCAACAGCGGCAGCCAGGCCACGGAGAGCUCGCGAGGCGGCAUCUCCAUCGACACGGUGACCGUGCUGGAGGAGGGAGAGGAGGAGGCGGAGGAGGAGGGGGGCUCCGGCCAAGGAGGGUCCUGGCACUCGUACAGGGGCAUCUUCGCCUACCCUUCCUUCCGCGUGGGGGAGAACCCGGGCGGCGAGGGGAAGGCCCUGCUGGGCGCCGAUCCCAAGAGGGAGGCGGUGAUUUCCGGCGGCCGCAUGACCGACGGCGAGGGGAUUCCGGGGGGUCGGCCCGCCCCUCUGGGGCUCUACGACCUGGAGUGGAGUCUGGCGAACCGGGCCAGCGAGCUGGAGCGCCUUUCCUUGGACUCGUUCGGCUCCGGCGAGCGCUCGGAGGACGGCUACCCCAACGUGGUGCUCGACCUGGACACCAUCGACAGCGGCUUCCUGGAGUCGGACUGCAGCAGCCCCGUGCGCUCGGACUUCGGCGACAAGGACGAGGAGGCAGAGGAGCAGCAAUCGCACUCCAACUACGUCAAACAAUGGGUGACCAGGGCUUCGGAGCCGGACGCGCGAACCGAGGCCUGCAACGGCAGCAGCGCCGGUGCGCACGCACACCCACACACGCACAGCGUCCAGUCAUAGUCCUUCUGCCGCCCGCUUUAAAGUGCCGCGAGUCACAGCCGUCAUUUUAUGGGACGGUUCACUUUUUCCAAGCGUUUCCCAGUUUUUCAAAGCUAUCUUUGGCAGCCUGUUCUUUUAAAUUUUAGGAUUAUCAUAGAAUUACUUUUAGUCACUAACUCAAGCCAAAUAUCUUCACUGCCACUAUAUCCAUGAACCCGAUUACAAUAGUGUGUAACUUGAGCGGUUUGAUUUGCAUGUGUAUUUAUUGAUUUAAAGUCAUAUUCCCGGGAGAAGAGUAGAGUAGAUUAGAGGGUUCGGUUCGGAGGUGGGUUUUUUUGCACAAAUUAUGGCGGGCAUUAUUUUGUGCUUCUCGAAAAUGUACACAGUGUAAAUAAAGAUUGUUUUUUAAUAAAUAAAGAUUCAUUCUGAUCCGUUUGCCCAGUGUCUCUUCCAGGCCCAGUUUCUCAUAUUAGUUAUACAUGUUUACAUACAGUAUAUAUAUAUAU